GAUACUUAUUUCUUAAGCAGCGACUUAAGCUGACACCUAGAUUCAUAGUCGCGCAUUGUGGAUUGACUUAAGCCGCAACUUAAGCAUUUGCUUAAAGAAGUAAAUGCUUUUGAUUUUGAGAUGCAGAGUCCCAUCUUAAGAGUGCCAAGUAUUCAUAGUCAAAUAGGAUUUUCUUAUUUGACAUUACCGGUGAACUUAUUUGAACGAAAUGAGGUUAUGAUUUAAAGUCAACGUUUUAGUUGACUUAAGCAAUAACUUAUUAGUGUAUUUAUAGUGAAAAAAGUGUUAACUAUGGAUAUAAUAGAUUAUUUAAGUGACAUUGAGGAUAAUAUUGAUAAUGAAGAUGGUCCGAACAAUAUAAGACGUGCAAAACGAUACAUUCGAGAUGCGGAAAAUCCUUUUGAAAUAGAUGAGUGGGAGUUUCAGAGACGUUAUCGUUUUUCAAAAGAUUCUGUGUUAGUUGGUAUUUUGCCUGAAAUACAGGCAGGGCUAAUUAAACAUAAUAAUCGUGGUUUACCCAUUGCACCACAACUCCAACUACUUCUCUGUUUACGAUAUUUCGCAACUUCAAGUUUUCAGCUUGUUCUUGCCGACACUAUGAAGAUUUCUCAAUCAACUGUCUCAAGAAUUGUUUUUCGUGUCGCCACGUUGCUUGCCAGUCUCAUUAAUUUAUAUAUUAAAAUACCAGCAACUGGUGAUGCCCGAAAUGAGAAUCAUCGUUUGUUUAACGUUUUAGGAAGAGGGCAUGGAGCAAUAGGACUUCCUCGUGUUGAUGGAGCGAUUGAUUGCACUCACGUUAAGUUAGUCGGCACAAGGUUUAACCAGAUUGAGGAAAUGUUUAGAAAUAGAAAAGGUUAUUUUUCACUUAAUGUACAAGCUGUUGUUGGACCCCGAAUGGAGUUUCUCGACAUUGUUCCGGAAUGGCCAGGUAGAGCACAUGACAGCCGUAUAUUUCAGAAUUCGUUAAUUCACAUGCGUUAUAUUCAAGGACAAUUAGAUGGGAUUAUUGUAGGUGAUAAAGGAUAUCCCUGUUUGCCUUUUCUUAUGACACCUCUCAGAAAUCCUCAUACUGAAGAAGAAAUCAUGUAUAAUGAAAUUCAAAUACGAACGAGAAUAAUUGUUGAGCGAACUUUUGGUGUAUGGAAGCGAAGAUUUCCAUGUUUGGCACGGGGAAUGUCAACUAAGCUUAUUUGUUCAACAACAACUGUUGUUGCAUGUGCUGUUUUGCAUAAUAUGGCAUUACGUUUCAAUGACAUAUUAGAAGAUGAUGACUUACAAGAAUAUGAAGAAGUUCCUGUACCUAAUGCAGAAAAUAUAAAUAUGGAUGGAGAAGUCGCACGUCAGUUACUAAUUCACCGUUUAUUCAAUGGAUAAUAAGUAAUAAUUUGGAAUAAAAAAUUAUUUAUUUCAAUAUCAUAUUUUAAAAAGAAAAACCAUUACAUUAAAAUAUUUUAUGUACAUAUUUCAAUAAAAUCUUUUCUUCACAAUAAAUAACAUUGAUAAUA